CGCCCGGUCACACUGUACACAAUCAGCUGUUGCUGGUUUGGAAUUUAAUUUUUGCAUUGCCUGGGCUCCACAGAUGGAUGGAAAAGAUCCUGGACACCUGCACCCAUGGCCACUCUGAACGAAACUCUCCGUAGCCACUGGCUCAUUGCUCUGUUCGGCCUUAUCCUUUUCAUCGCCGGGAGCACUGUGCUAUACUGGAACGAAGGACGCGCCGUGCACAACAUGAUGGCGCUGGAUGAAGCGCACGCCGACAUUUACUCAGUUCGAUUCACGGAGGAGGAACAGGAAGUGGGUCUCGAGGGAAGGAUCAUCCACCUAUCCGGCCCCAUCAUCGUGGGCGAACCGCUCACCGAACCAGACUACAAUAUCCAACUGCUGGCGGUCAAGUUGCGGCGCCGCGUCCAAAUGUACCAGUGGGUCGAGGAGACCGUUGAGCACAACUAUGGCGAGAGCGUGGGAACGACGCAAUCGGACUCGCGGACUUACUACUACACGCGGGAAUGGCGGGACAAGAUCGUAGAUUCGCGGAACUUUUACAACCGCCACGGCCACACGAAUCCCAGCCAUUUUCCCAUCGAAAGCCACGUUCAGGUGGCGGAUGCCGUCUACAUAGGUCGCUAUGAACUAGGUUCUGAAGUGAAGGACAAGUUCGGCAGCUACCAGGAUCUCACCUCGGACAUCCGGCCAGAGGACAGCACUGUAAAGCUGCACCUUGGUAUCUAUUACCACACCAAUGAUGUGUUCAAUCCAGAGGUGGGCGACCUGCGGCUCCUCUUCAGCUUCGCGGGAAUGGAGGGCGAGAUGUUCAGUGUAGUGGGCAAGUUGUCAGGAAACAAACUAGUUCCCUUCAUCACAUCACGCGGAGUACCGGUUCUGCUUGUCUAUCCCGGAGGACUCAGCGUCCAGGAAGUUUUCCGCCUGGAGGCACGAGCUCAAGUGCUGCAUACCUGGUGGUGGCGCUUCGUUGGAUGGCUGCUCAUCUUCUUCGGUGUCACCUGCAACACCAAAAUUCUUCGUCUUUUAUUUAUCAGGGUACCACUACUGGCGGCCUUAGCCCCGGAUCCCCAGUUCCCGGUGACGGGCAACCUGCUAAUCGCCUUCUCGAUGGCCUUGACCAUUGCGGCAGUGGCCUGGAUCCUGCAUCGUCCUGUGAUCGGCGCCUGCCUCUUUCUGGCGGGAGCCUCUCCCUACGUCUGGUUCACCCGCAAUCUGGUAGAUUACCAGCGCCUGGACUGAUCCUCCUCAACACCAUCUCGCAUCUUAUUUACAGGUUUAUUUAUUGUUGAUUCUCCUUGUUAAGCUAACACUAUGUCAUUUGCCAUUUACCCCUCGGCCAAUAAAAACUUAAUAACACUUAGUAACUAA